AUGGGAGAGGGAGGAACGAGGCGGGCAAGAUCUAGGAGAAGGAGCAGAGAAGCGAGUGUUACGAUGGAUAACCAUUUGGAGACGAGAAAUGCAGACCGACGUGUGUGGUUGAUGAAAUGCCCUACCGUUGUCUCUCGAUUCUUCGAACAACAUCAACACUCUUCUUCUUCAACUCCUCUUUCUUCCGCUGAGAAUGAUCUCUCUUUUGUUUCUCCUGAACCUGUUGCCAAAGUCACCGUCGUUGUUGACCCUCUCCUCCCCAAUGAUGCCACUCAGUUUACCAUGGAAUUGGCUGGAACUUCAUCUGGAAACAUGCCCACUCACUACUCCAUGGACAUGUCGACAGAUUUUAUUCCAAUGUCUAUAUUUUCUGAGUCUACAGCUCAAGGAAAGCUUUCCGUGGAAGGAAAGAUAUAUCACAAAUUUGACAUGAAGCCUCAUCAUGAAAACAUUGAGAACUAUGGAAAACUUUGCCGUGAAAGGACCAAUAAGUACAUGACGAAAAGUAGACAAAUUCAGGUUAUUGACAAUGAUAAUGCCAAACAUAUGAGGCCUAUGCCUGGAUUUUUUGCAACUAAGGCGGCUUCUGGAUCUGCAGAUAAGAAGAAGGCGCCAAGUAAAGGAUUAGAAAUGAAAAGAACAAGGAGGGACCGUGAUGAAAUGGAAGAAAUCAUGUUCAAACUCUUUGAGAGGCAAGCAAAUUGGACUCUCAAACAACUGGUCCAUGAGACUGACCAACCUGAGCAAUUUAUGAAAGACAUGCUCAAACUUCUCUGCAUCUACAAUAAUAAGGGCGCUCAUCAAGGCACUUAUGAGUUGAAGCCAGAGUACAAGAGAUCAGAAGACAAAGCUGAUUCUUGAUUAUUUUAGCAUAAGCUUUCUGAUCGGAGGCCUUAGGUCAGCCAAGGGAAUACACCAACUGAUUUUACUUGAACAUGCCAUUCCUUUGUCCAUAAAAUCAAGUUUAAAUAAAUAAAUGAAAAUAAACUCUUUCCAACCGGAACA